GAGAUUCAGUGCAUUCAAAUGAAAGCUGUUUAACGAGAACAUAGAACCAGAACAUAAUGGCUGCAGACAUUAAGAUGCUGUUUUGUGUUGGACUUGCUGUUGUACUAACAGGCGUGGGACAGUCGGCCUUUGUUGGGAAGAGCCACAGCGAAGGGAAGGAUGACCCUGUGCUGCAAUACGUGGUGAACAACUCACUGAGGGAGCACCCGGUCCUCACCAAGCUCAAACUGAGAACCCUUGAAGACCCAUGGAGUAUUAUGAUGGUCGCCAGUGAACAAGCCCAGUUUAUGGCAAAUCUCAUUAAACUGAUCAACGCAACUAAAGCCAUUGAAAUAGGGAUGUACACAGGAUACAACACACUGAGCAUGGCGUUGGCCAUGCCGGAGAACGGACAUGUGGUCGCCUGUGAAAUAACAGACACCUUUGUGGACAUUGCUAAACCAUUUUUUAAAGAGGCUGAAGUGGAGAGUAAGAUUGAUGUACGAUAUCAAAUAGCCUUGAAGACUCUGAAUGAACUGAUAGCAGCCGGGGAAGCAGGAACAUAUGACUUUGUGUUCAUCGAUGCUGAUAAAUUGAACUACGACAGAUACUACGAGAAAUCCCUCAAGCUCAUACGACAGGGGGGCAUCAUUGCGAUUGACAACGUGCUGUGGAGCGGGAAGGUGGUGAAUCCUGCCCCUGAAGACCUCACCUCCCAGGCUCUGGAUGCUCUCAAUAAGAAGCUGCAUCACGACCAGAGGAUUGAGCUGAGCAUGCUCACUGUGGGCGACGGACUGACCAUUGCGAUUAAACGCUAAAGUCACUAUAGUUUUUAUAUUAAAUACAAGAGGAAAACUUAA